AUGCUUUUUAAUCCGCUCGUCCUACUCCCCUUCCUCCCUCUCUUCCUAGCGGCACCGUCGCCUGUGGCGUAUAAUCCCUUUCCCCCGCCCAAUCUCGACGUCAUUCCGCAGGCUCACCUCUAUCAUGGUCGUGCAUCAUUCAGCCCCGAGCUGCUCACGGCAUACCGCACCGCCGAGAACCUGGGUACGAGCCCGGCGCAACGGUUCGUGGAGGGAGGGAAGCACUACAAGCGGGGAGCGAGUAAUUUGCAGCUGAGGGGAGUGGGACAAGGGCGGAAGAGCAAGGUCAGGGUGGUCAAGCGAGCAGCAACGACCUGUCGGCCCAUCACGACCUCGUCGGUCUCGGCCACCAUCACUCCCACAUCCACCGCCAGGCCCACCACGAAAUACGCUACGGUGGAUGCUCCGAGCCGAAGCAAGACGUCCAGUCUGCCUUCGGAGACUUCCGUUGCUCCAUCUGAGAGCUCUGCUAUCAGCUCUUCCAUGGCAUCAUCGAGCUCUGCCGUGCCAAGCCCCAGCUCCAGCACCUCGAUCGCUGCCAGCUCCUCUUCGUCGCCAUCGCCCUCCCCAUCUCCCACACCCUCACCAUCCCCAUCUCCAUCGCCUUCCCCUUCCCCCUCGCCCUCUCCCUCCCCGUCACCCUCUCCCUCUCCACCAAAGCGCAUCACCAACGACCCAAGCGGGACGGACGGACCUUUCUCUGGAUGGGGAACGUGGUACGAUGUGGGCCUGGGCGCUUGCGGCAAGUGGGACACUCCGGAUCAACCCAUCGUCGCUAUAGCUGCCGAAUUGAUGGACAACUGGCCGGGAUACGACGGCCGGAACCCCAACAACCACCCCAUGUGCGGCAAGCACCUCAAAAUCACCUGGGGCGGCAAGUCCACCAUCGCGCGCGUAGCCGACCGCUGCCCCGGCUGCGCCGUCCGCUCACUCGACAUGUCCAAGGGGCUAUUCGAGUCCUUUGCGACCCUGGACGUCGGGCUGUUGGGGAUGGACAGCUAUACCGGCAACAUCACCUGGAGCUGGGUGGAGGGUCAAGGGGCUCUGCCGAGCUUGCCUUUUACUCCAUGA